ACAAGAAAAGGCAGAGAGAAAGAGUGAGAGUGAAACGUGAAAUGUUUGAACAGAAAGCCGCAACAAUUUAUUUGCAUAUUCAAUGCUCCUGCCAUAAGCUGGUGUCAAAGUGAGCUUCGAAUAUUCAGCAGCGCUUAGAAAGCGACAUAAGGAUCAGCUAUCAGCUAUCAGCUAUCAGCAGAAGGAGCAGCAGCAACAACAGCCAGCAAUCAUGACUCUGACACUGAUGCUCUGCCUGAUUGUGGCGGGAGCCCUGCACAACACGGACUCCCAUGAGCAUGCCGAUGGCUUCAAGCCAGAUGGAGAAAUUCUGCGCGUGUUGGUGAACAGCUCGGCGGAAAUCAAGUGCGAUGUGGGCUCCAGUCUGCCCGAUGACAAAGUCCUUCUGGUUGUUUGGUACAAGAAUAAUUUACCCAUUUACAGCUAUGACACACGUGGCGCCCACGCGGGCACACCGUCGCAUUGGCGAGACGAGGAGGUCCUCGAGAAUCGGGCCGUCUUUCGCACGCACAAGGAGCCAGCGGAAUUGACUAUAAAUCCGGUUAAGGAGAAGGAUGCGGGCAACUUUCGCUGUCGCGUGGACUUUAAGCUAUCGCAGACCCGCAACAGCAAUGUCAAUUUGGAGGUUGUCGUGCCACCGAUGCAGCCGAACAUCUUUAAUGAGCGCCGCAUGAGAAUCGAUUCGAGGGCAGGGCCCUACGAGGAGGGCGGCAGCCUGGAGGUCACCUGCGUGGUCUACGGAGGUUCACCGCCACCCACUGUCACAUGGCUGAUGAAUGGGCAGCUGCAGAACAGCGUUGUCGAUUACACCUACGAUGGCACCAUCAACAGCAAACUGGUGGUCCGCAACCUGUCAAGCAUCCACCAGCAUGCGGUCUACACCUGCCAGGCGAGCAAUUUCCACAAGAAAUUUGUGGCCACCAACAUAACCAUUGAGCUCUACCUGCGUCCCCUUUUGGUGGAAAUCAGCUUCAACAAUCAGCCCAUGUCCGCGGACCGCAAAUACGAGAUUGAGUGCCAGGCCAUCGGCUCACGGCCACCCGCGAAGAUCACCUGGUGGAUGGGCAAUCUGGAGCUGCAUGGACACAGCCAGAAGGUCUCGGAGGAUGGUAAUGUCAGCACUUCCGUGCUAUCGAUUACCCCGACGAGGGAGGACCACGGCAAGGCCUUGUCCUGUCGCGCCACCAACGAACUGGUGCGCAAUGGCAUACGGGAGACGGCCAUGAAGCUGAAUGUGUUCUUCAUACCCACAUUGCAGCUGGACCUGGGCUCCAAUCUAAAUCCGGAGGAUAUCGAGGAGGGCGAUGAUGUCUAUUUCGAGUGUAAAGUGCAUGCAAAUCCCGCUGCUUAUAAAGUUGUAUGGAAGCAUAAUCAUCAAAUCAUUCAGCACAAUCAGCGAGCGGGUGUCAUCGUCAGCAGCGGCGACUUGGCCCUCCAGGGAGUGACCCGACAUCAGGCGGGGAAUUACACCUGCACGGCCUCGAAUGUCGAGGGCGAUGGCGAUUCAAAUGUUGUCGAGCUGAAAGUGAUGUAUAAACCAAUUUGCCGGCCCGAUCAAAAGAAAAUCUAUGGCGUGGCGCGCAAUGAGGCCGCUGAAAUUGUGUGCGAAGUGGAUGCCUUUCCGCCGCCGGAGAACUUCAAGUGGUCCUUCAACAACACAGCCGAAACCUUCGAUAUGCCACAGAGCGGCUUCCGUCCACACUCGGCGCAGGGUUCGACACUCACCUAUACACCAGUGAAGGAAAUGGACUUUGGCACCAUCAUGUGCUGGGCGGACAACAAUGUGGGUCAGCAGAAGGAGCCCUGUGUGUUCCAUUUGAUAGCCGCUGGCAAACCGGAAGCGCCCACCAACUGUACGGUGGUCAAUCAGACGUCCGACUCACUGGAGGUCUACUGCAUCGAAGGCUUCGAUGGGGGCAUGCGCCAGUGGUUCCUCAUGGAGAUCUACGAUCAGCACAGCGGCCAGCUGCAGGCCAACAUCAGUGCCAAGUUUGCGGCUUUGGCAGUGACGGGCCUGGAUGCGGGUCGUCUAUUCCGGAUCUAUGUCUAUGCGGUGAAUGGACGUGGCCGCAGCGAGGUGGUGGCACUCGAUGGCUAUACCCUCAAGGCCGCUGAAAAGCAGACGGUUGCCCUCACCUCGUACAAAGGCAGCGCCCAGAGCCCGGAUAACUUUGAACUCACACCGAUCCUCUCCAUUGGCAUCUUUGUGGGCAUUCUGGUGGCCAUCGUUUGCAUUGGCAUCGGCACGAUUGCCGCACUGAAGCUGCGCUCGCACAAGCACCAGCAGCAGCAGAAAUUUGUACAUCCGAAUGCGAAAUUCUCACGUCCCGGCAAUUUACAAAUUAAGGAUAAAAUCUCAUUGCCAUUGAGUCACUCGGAGGAGAUGUACGAUGAGAAGAAUCCCGAUGUGGUGCCCUACAAUGAGGUGGAUGGUGAAUAUAAACAAAAAUCAGCAACACAAACGCCAUCGGGACAUCUUUCGACAACCAGCGAGGUGGAAAUCAGCUGCAAGCCAGGCUCAACAUCCGGUGGCACUGGCAACGUUGGCGGCGGCGCCUCCACCAGUGGCAACAACUCCAACGACAGUGGCACCUAUCAGAGCAGCAAGGACGAUGAGCUGCACUAUGCGGAGCUGUCGCUGAAUCAGUUGCCUGCCACCAGCAAUGCCAAGAAGGGCCAACCGUGUGCCACACAGCAGCAGGUGCAGGGACAGGUGCAGGGACAGGGACAGGGACAGGGCGUUCUGGGCGGCACUCUGCCGCAUGGCUCCAGCAUGCGCAAGCUGUUGCCCAGCAUUCCGGCAACGGCGACGUUGCAGCGUCACAAACCGAAUGCGGGCGGCAUGCAGCAUCCGCAUCAGCACGCACCGCCGCCCACAUACGAUUACGAUUACUUUGAGGAGCCAACGAUAUACGCGCAGAUCGACGCAUACAAGACACGCGGAGGAGGCGCCACAGUCGGAAGUGACAGGCAGAUGCAAAUGCAGGUGGACACUGCAACUGGAGGUGGCAUCGCCUUUCCGCCGUGCAUCUCAUCGCCGGGAUCGCAUGGCACACCAUCAACCGUGUCGCCGGGCACGGUGCAAAUGUAUACGCUACCCUCCCAUCCCGGUGGCUAUCACACUCUGCCACACAAUCAUCAUCCACAGCAGCAGCAGCAGCAGCACCAGCAGGGGGCACCCCAGAACUCCGCUUCGAUGAUGCAAAUGAUACAGCAGCAGCAGCAGCAACAGUUGCAACAGCAGCAUCAUCAUCCUGCUGGCAAUAUGCCCAUGCCGCCAUCCUACCAGCAGCACCAGCAACAGCAGCAGCAGCAGCUGGUCCAUGGCCAGAUGCUCGUCUCGAGCAACAGCAGCGGACUGGCAUCCACGACGGCAGCGGUGGCCAGUCCCAGUAGCUCGCUCUCAGGACUCUCUGGUGUGGGUGGCAAGUCCUAUUCGCGUGAGAUAGUCACAGUGCGCACACCGCUCAUGUAUUCGCAGCAGGAGAGCUGUGUUUAAGCAGAUGUAAGCCCCAUAGCCCCCUUUCCCACUCCUCUCCAACCCCCCCUAAAUGAUAGUUGUUUAAGUCUUGAGCUCUUUGUGGUUUGUGUCUAGGCUUAAGCGUUGCCAAAACGAAUUGAAUUACAAGAACUGCAAUUGAAUUGAACCAAAGAAGAAAAGGAAACAGAAAGAGCAGGCCCGAAAACACUGUGGCUAGUGAGUCAGAGAGUUUAUAAUUUAUUUUGGAAAAAUGCAGCGCAAUAAUAUUAAUGUGUGGCAUUAAACCAGCAGACAGACAGCAAUAUAAAUAAAUCAAAAUUGAUUAACGAAAAAGAGUAACAACGGAGCAGCGCAUAAUUAAUGGCAAUUCAUUUUCGAUUCCACACAAUAAAUUGCACAGCACAACAAAAAUUUGUCGAAAGAAAGAGAAGAAAGAAAAAAAAACACAAAGCUGCUGGGCGAUAGCUUUAACGCGAGAAAGAGAGAGCAGAGUUUUAAGAGCAGAGAUCGGCAGCGUCGUUAUGCAUAGAAAGAAAUUUCGGGCAGCGCUGACGGGCGACGGGCAGCGUUAAAGCUUCGUGCGCCUUCGGCCUAUGCACAGAGAUUGGACGUAGCGGCAGAGAAAUGAACAGAGAAAAAAGUUCGGCGUACAUUCCAUGCACAUUUGCUCGGCUAUUGUCGGCAGCGGCAGAGAAGCAAGAAACGUUUUUGGACUUCGUGUCGUUUGUUGUCUUUGCAUGCAAAGGCACUAAAAGAAUGUGAGUGGCUGUCCGCCGAGUCCCGUUCUAGAGGGAUGCACAGUUAUUUUGUAUGCACUUUUGUUGACGAAAGUCAAAGUCAACCACAAAAUUGACUGUCAAAGGUGCGCCCUGGCUGUCCAGGUUCUCGUUUAGCAGCAGCUUCUUCAACUUUACUUUUGUGCAAAUAAAAUGAUGACAGAUGCAGCUGGCAGUGAGGCAGCAGAAGAAUGUUCCUUCCUUACAGUAAGUACUCGAAAUGAACAAACAGUUCAUUCCACACACACACAACAUAUGAACAUCAACAUAAAUAUAUUCAAACUGAUCUGAGAACUUUCCAGCUACAAUUUUGUAAAUGUUUUGUAAAUGUAAAUGUCAGGAGUGGGACGUAGUCGGUCAAACAAUUUCUAGCAAUUAGGCUCAAAAGAAUGCAUAAAUCUAGUAUAAAUACUAACUAAAUAAUAGACUUACACACACACACACACACACACACAGAGAGACACAGAGAUACAGAGGAAAGCUCACAGGCAUUCAAGCAUCAAGGCAGCGGAGGAGCCGCAACAAAUUCUUGGCAAUUAUAUUGAAAAUAAAUUACAUUAUUCGACUCUAAUGGUUAAAAACAAUACACUCAAACACACACAGACAGACACAGACACAAAUUAGCUGCAAAUUAGAUUAGUGCAUAAAAUGAGAGAGAGAAAUACCAAGUAUUAAAUCGUGUAAAUAGACAAAAGCAACAAGAACA